GUGUCAUACCUGCAGGGUCCCAAAGUGCUGCAGGCUGUUCAAAGGACCAAGUUGACCGUCCGACCAGCCUAGCAGUAGAGCUAUCAACCAUGGGUGUACAGUGUUCACGGCCGCGGAGCAAGGUGGCUUCAGAGAGUCGCGCGACCUCGGCGCUUGUGACAGUGAAGACGGGGAACUACCAGGGCGGGGGGACGGACGGAAACAUCUUCAUUGCCCUGAUUGACAGCGAGGGAGACAGAUCACGUGAUAUCCGCCUCGACUUGCUUUGGGAAGAUGACUUCGAAAGGGGCAGUGACCAGGAGUUCAAUGUGGAUGACAUUGCAGUCCUCCCCCCCAUCCGUGACCUGGAGGUGUGGCGAGACGGGGCCGCCCCACAUGACAACUGGUUCUGUCAGUCCGUCUCUGUAAAGCUACAGCCGGACCAGAACGGCCCAACCGAUGAGUUCCCUGUCGACCGAUGGAUUAAAGCAGGUGAACGGGUGUGGGUGCCCCCUGGCGGUGCAGUACUGCCCCAGUACGACCGACACGCAGAGAACCGUGAGAGGGAGCUGCAGGAGAUGAAGAAACGUUACGCGUCAUUCACGCCUUCUCCGGGCCUGCUGCCAAUGACGGCUAUGGCUAAGACGGGGAUCACACUGGCCGUGACGAAUUUGUCGAUCCUCAUUGAGGCUGGACGGUGGAAGACUUUCGACGGUAUCGACGAGGUGUUCGAAGCAGGCAAAAUCCCCAAAAUGUGUGCUCCUUAUGGACUGUUCUUUGUUAACGACAAUGGUGACCUGGUUCCUGUCGCAAUCCAGUUGUAUCCUAACGACCAAGAACAGAACCCCGUAUUCCUGCCGAGCGACCCGCCUUACACUUGGCUGAUGGCAAAGAUGUGGUUCAACUGCGCAGACGGGAACUACCACGAGGCCGUGCCUCACCUUGGAUUUACCCAUCUAUUGGUUGAAGCACUAGCACUUUCGGCCGUUCAGAACCUUGCGCCGGCCCACCCGAUUCUCCGUCUGAUGCAGCCGCACUUCAUCUACCUUUUUGCUAUCAAUAAUUUUGCGCUGGAGACACUGGUCAACAAAGGAGGUGGUCUGGAUUUGGUAACGCAGAUUGGCGUGGAGGGCGCCUUCGCUCUUAUCAAAGAAAAACUGAAGACAUGGCGGCUUGAUGUGGAUGGAUCACUUUUGGAAGACCUGAAAAGUCGAGGGGUUGACGAUGAGAAAGCACUGCCGAACUACCACUACCGUGACGACGGUUUACGUUCGUAUCACGUGAUCCACAAAUACGUCACCAGCGUCGUGAAGAUUUUCUACGAUGAUGGGAACAAUUCCUCCAAGCUGAAGGAAGACAAGGAGAUCCAGGCCUGGGCACGGGCCCUCGCUUCUUCAUCGGAUGAUACUAUUACUGUCAAGGGAGUUCCUGGGAAUGGACAUUUCUCGACCCUUGAUCAGCUGAUCCAAACGGUGACGUGCGUCAUCUUCACCAGUAGCGUGCAGCACGCUGCCGUCAACUUCAUGCAGUGGGACCAGUACGGCUUCGUACCCAACAUGCCGCUCAUGUUGGAGGGGAACCCACCUGCAAAUAAGAAUGCUCUGACAGAAGAGGACAUCCUGAAUGCACUUCCCGGAAAGAAGAAAACUGUUGAGAUCAACCUGUUGACGGACGUCCUCAGUGAGCGGGCAACAAGGCCCCUGGGAGACUUCUUGGUUUCAUACCUACAGAGUCCCAAAGUGCUGCAGGUCGUUCAAAGGUUCAAGGAGGAUCUUGAUGCUGUUUCGAGCAAAAUCGAAAGUGAAAACCAAACGCAGCGUUUUCAGCCUUACGACUACUUGGAUCCGAAACUCAUUCCAAACGCUAUCAGCAUCUAGGAAAUCUGAUCGAGUAGUUUCUGGAAGUGGUCAAGAAUAUUUAAGGCAUUACAACCAUCUAUAAACAGAUAAAACACACAUGU